AUGUUCUUCACGACUGCAGUUCUGUCGAAAAACUUCGUGUCAGAUCGUUACCUCCCUCAAAUUCACUGGAGUUUGACCAGUGCGUCAGCUACAAUUCGUAUAAACCCCCCUCCACGACAACUCUUCGUGCAUGAAGGUCAUGUUGGUCUUUCUCGGUGCACCUUCAACAAUCAUCAUUUUUCCCAGUUGCCCCAUGUCAUCAUGCCCAAGCUCAUAGCCAAGGGCCACUUCGUCAUGAAGUUCCCGGUUGCAUUGCUAAAGGCGAUGAUCAGCAGCCGGAGGGAGGUUGCGGAGCUGGAGAACCUGGAGAAGAACGAGGAGGAGUUGGAUAGUAUGGACUCUGAAAUAUUCCGUUGA